CGGACCCAACCCUUCCCUCAGAGCACCUUCCAACCACUUCCAUCAUCACCCUUUCUCCUACCUCGGAGGCGUCACAUAGUCCUUCUCAAUGGCUGCCACCAUGGCCCUCUCCUCCCCCUCCCUCGCCGGGAAGGCGGUGAAGCUCGCCCCCUCGACCUCCCCUAUCCUUGGCGAGGGCAGGGUCACCAUGAGGAAGACCGUCGGCAAGCCCGUCUCCUCCGGCAGCCCAUGGUACGGUCCGGACCGUGUCAAGUAUCUCGGCCCCUUCUCCGGCGAGCCCCCAUCCUAUCUGACUGGCGAAUUCCCCGGCGACUACGGGUGGGACACCGCCGGCCUCUCGGCCGACCCCGAGACCUUUGCCAAGAACCGCGAGCUCGAGGUGAUCCACUGCAGGUGGGCCAUGCUCGGCGCCCUCGGCUGCGUCUUCCCCGAGCUGCUGGCCCGCAACGGGGUCAAGUUCGGCGAGGCCGUGUGGUUCAAGGCCGGAGCCCAGAUCUUCAGCGAGGGUGGUUUGGACUACUUGGGCAACCCAAGCCUGAUCCAUGCUCAGAGCAUUCUGGCCAUCUGGGCCUGCCAAGUUGUAUUGAUGGGCGCCGUCGAGGGGUACCGCGUCGCCGGUGGGCCGCUAGGUGAGGUCACCGACCCGCUAUAUCCCGGUGGGAGCUUCGAUCCCUUGGGGUUGGCCGAUGACCCGGAGGCUUUCGCUGAACUUAAAGUGAAGGAGAUCAAGAACGGCAGACUGGCCAUGUUCUCCAUGUUCGGGUUCUUUGUUCAGGCUAUCGUCACUGGCAAGGGUCCGUUGGAGAACCUGGCCGACCACCUUGCGGAUCCUGUUAACAACAAUGCUUGGGCCUACGCCACCAACUUCGUGCCCGGAAAGUGAGGGAAUAUCCUUUGGUGGGAGAAGAAAGUCUUCGUCUGUUGGGGUUUUUUUUGGAAAUUAAGAUUGCGGGUGUGAUGUACCAUAUUAUUCCUGUGCAACACUGCAUGUGCUUGUUCUUGAUCACAUCUAUCUUAUGUUCUUCUUUUCUUUUGUCUC